CCCCCUCAAACCUCUCCCUCCUCUCUCUCUCUCCAAACAUUGCUCGCAGAAGACACCCAUCUCCUCGGCAGGCACUACUUAGCUUCGCCAUCUUCGCUGUUGUUCCUCUGUCUAUCCUCCUCCCGCCUCUCCUCUCCCUCCUACCCCUCCCGCCCGUCGUCAUCAUGCCGCAAGAUCUCAAGAAGCUCAUGCCCCAGGCCAAGGCCUCCAUCACAUCCAACGUCACCGUCGAAGCUCCGGGCUUCGACAAAGUCGACGGCGAGACCAUACCGCGUCGCAACGCAAAGUUCAAGGACGCCUUGAGACUGACGCCUUCCGAUGACGUAAAAACCCUCCACGAUGUCCUCCGCUAUUCAUCAGCCAAGUUUGGGAAUGCAAAGGCCGUGGGCGCGCGCAAGGUCAUCGAUGUCCACGAGGAAACCAAGAAGAUCAAGAAGAUGGUCGACGGUAAAGAGCAGGAGGUGGACAAGAAAUGGCAGUACUUUGAGCUGAGCCCCUACGAGUUCAAGAGCUUCAUUGAAUUCGAGAAGCUGUGUCUCGAUAUCGGUUCUGGCAUGAGGCACUUGGGCCUCUCAGCACAGGAUCGCUGCCACCUGUACGCUGCUACAAGCAUGCAAUGGCUAAGCUCUGCACACGGUGCCAUAUCGCAAUCCAUGUCCAUUGUGACCGCCUACGAUACUCUCGGAGAGGAGGGCUUGAAGCACUCCAUGUUGCAGACCAAGGCAAAGAUCAUGUUCACAGACCCGCACCUGCUCCCCAAGCUCGUAAAACCAUUCAAUGACGCCAAAGAUGUGACCACAGUCAUUUACAGCACAACCAACAAGGCCGAGGCGAAACACAUCCAGACCUUGAAGGAUGCGCACCCACAUGUGAAUGUCCUUAGCUUUGACGAGCUACUGGCUCUAGGCAGAGAUAACCCCGCCGAACCGGUGCCUCCUGCCCCCGAGGAUCUGGCGUGCAUCAUGUACACCUCCGGGUCUACCGGAACACCCAAGGGCGUUCUUCUCAAACACCGUAAUGUAGUAGCUGCCAUCGCUGGUGUAGACGCCAUCGUAGGCAAAUACCUCGGCCCAGGUGAUUCUCUUCUUACCUACCUUCCCGCUGCGCAUAUUCUCGAGUUUGUGUUUGAGAAUGCCGUUCUCUAUUGGGGCGGAACUAUGGGUUAUGGAACCAUCAGGACCCUCUCGGAUACUUCAGUCCGAAACUGCAAAGGCGACAUCCGCGAACUUCGGCCUACCGUUCUAGUAGGUGUUCCCCAGGUCUGGGAGACAAUCAAGAAGGGCAUUAUGGGCAAAGUGGAGGCCGGCGGCGCACUCACUUCCAAAGUUUUCUGGGGUGCCAUGGCUGCCAAGCGCUUCUUGCUCAACGCCGGGCUUCCUGGACCAGGCCUGCUCGAUUCGGCAGUCUUCAGCAAGGUUAAGGAUGCCACAGGUGGCCGCCUGCGCAUCUGCAUGAACGGCGGAGGCCCUGUCUCGAAAGAGACUUUGAACUUCCUUUCCCUGGCCAUCACACCAAUGAUUAGUGGUUACGGCCUUACCGAAACCAGCGCAAUGGGUGCGUUGAUGGAUCCUCUAGCCUGGACCGACGGUGCCGUUGGCGAGAUGCCUGCUUGCGUGGAAAUAAAACUGGUCGAUUUUGCCGACGCUGGAUACUUUGCCAAAAACACCCCUCCCCAGGGUGAAAUUUGGAUACGGGGCGGAGGCGUUGCAGCCGGUUAUCUCGAUCUUGAGAAGGAGACCAAAGAAGCUUUCACCGACGAUGGUUGGUUCAAGACCGGGGAUAUUGGCGAAUUCGAUACCAAGGGUCAACUGAAGAUCAUUGACCGCAAGAAGAAUUUGGUGAAGACCCUUGCCGGCGAAUACAUUGCGCUUGAGAAGCUGGAGUCCAUCUACCGUUCUGUGCCGAUUGUAGCCAACAUCAUCAUCUACGCGGCCCAGGAUCAAAUGAAGCCCGUGGCUAUCAUUGUCCCAGCUGAACCGGCCCUGAAGAAGCUUGCGAAAGAGAACGGUGUCAGCGGUGAGAACGUAGAAGAGCUGGUCCACAACGAGAAGCUCAACAACGCUGUGCUGAAGCAAUUGCAGUCUGCAGGCCAAAAGAGUGGCCUCGCUAGCUUCGAGAUCGUCGCUGGUGUUGUUCUUGCUGACGAGGAAUGGACACCCCAGAAUGGCUUGACAACCGCUGCUCAGAAAGUCAACCGAAAGGGCAUCUUGGAGACUUACCAAAAGGAAGUCGACAAGGCGUAUGGUAAAUGAGAUCGCUCGGUUCGUUGACACUGGUAAGCGAAGGCGUAUGUGGGCGUUCUACCGUUCGGAAAAUCGCGAAUUGGUUGAGAUUGAUCACGCUGUAAUAAUGUAAGAACCAUUGAGGAGGUCGAGGUAUUUUUCUUCUUGACGUAUCUUGUAUUAUUUGAGGGCUUACGUAGGCAAUAUCAUGUUCAAUUUCCAUUAUCAUCAGCCAAUCAAACAGAUAAUGAUAUGUGAAUGAACCAUGCGAUUGAACAGUGUGAGUGGUCAGUGAUGAGGCUCUUUCCUGUAGCUUUUCUUUAGCCCAUAUAUCCAACGAAAAAUCCCCCUUCUCGAUCCGCUUUCAGGAAAUUUAGUACUCUCAUUAACCACCUUCAUAUUCCCGUUCUCCAUCUCCUCUCCACCAUUACCUUUCCUCGUCCCAUCUGCCUCUCUUCUCGCAUCAUCAUCCUCCCUUUUUCCCUCUCUACCACCAUCACCACCAUCAUUUUUCCCAUCCCUCUUUCCCACGCUCCUCAAAACCCCCAUCUCAAUCAGAUGCUCCUCCCACGUCUCGUCGCUCGUCGGCGUCCUUCCAAUCGGCGUCGUAGCCCACACCCACCCAUCAUACAUUUCCCCCACGCUGUCGUAUAGCUCGGAUGUGUGUUCCUCGCAGAGGGGUCCGCCUAGUGAGUACAGAGCUAUCAUGGAUGAUUCCGGUGGGUCGUCUUCCUCCUCCUCUUUUUCUUCUUCUUCCUGUGUGUAUUGCGAGGUCGAUGGUUGGGGAAGAAGUUUUGAUCUCCCAUCUUCUUCCUCUUUUUUGAUUUUGUGACUCGUGUCUUCUUCCAUGUUAGAGAGGCUUGGGGUUGUGGAUGGUGGGUGGGGUUGUUUUCUACCUUUGCCUCCUCCUUCUUCCCCUUUUCCUUGAUCGGACGUACAGUCUUGGGUGGGAAAUUCCGCUGCUGGAGUGUAAUACACUGAUUCACACUCUACCUCCUUCUUGGCCUUGGUCUUGACCUUGGCCUCGACUCUCAUCUCGGACGCAGGCUGC